UGCAACAUGACGAAACUCACGAAACACGUGUAGUGUAGCGUGUAGCUGUACUUUUGAAUCCCCUCAUUUUGCAGUCAAGAAACUAUUAUUUUAUUUUAUUCUGCUCGUUGCUAUUUAUUUCGUUCAUUCUUAUAAUGACGAAAACAUUAAAGAGGAAGCAGAAGGAAGAUGUGGAGAAAAAAGCUGAAAAACCGAAAAAGAUAACGUCAGAUGAACCUGCCACUAAAAAGGCGAAAUGGGUCAACAGACAACGGGUAUUGGUGUUCGCCACUCGAGGUAUCAAUCAUAGGCAUCGACAUCUGAUGGAGGACUUGAAGAGACUGAUGCCGCAUCACCGUCCAGAAUGCAAGAUGGAACGUACCAAGAAUUUGCAGGUGGUGAACGAAAUGUGCGGGGUGAAGAAUUGCAAUAAGGCUGUCCUGUUUGAAGGUCGAAUGAAGCGAGAUCUUUAUGUGUGGUUCGCUAAUGUUCCCACUGGCCCAAGCGCAAAAUUUCUUGUAGAAAAUGUUUAUACAAUGGGAGAGCUGAAGAUGACGGGAAACUGUUUGAAAGGGACUCGGCCGUUAUUGUCAUUUGAUGAAAAUUUUACCACACACGCGCAUUACUGUCUCUUGAAGGAGUUGCUGACGCAGAUCUUUGGUGUGCCGAAUCAUCACCCUAAAAGUCAACCGUUCUUCGAUCAUGUAUACACGUUCAGCAUUCUGGAUAACAGGAUAUGGUUCCGAAAUUUUCAAAUUUUAACAGAGGACGGCGCAUUAGCCGAAAUUGGCCCAAGGUUUGUCUUGAAUCCAGUCAAGAUAUUUAGUGGAAGUUUCGGCAGUGACACUUUGUGGGAUAAUCCUCAUUAUAUUUCCCCUGCCAAGUUUCGACAAUCAUUGACAAAAAAGGCUGCUAAUAAGUAUAAAAACAGAGUUGAGCAGAAAAUGGUGCAACAGGCAACUAAACCUGAGUUAUCUUACGCAUUUAAUCCCACAGAUGAGAUAUUUAAAGGUGAUAUAAUGGAGAAAGCAAUAGAAAUGGAAGAAAAAUUGGAGGAUGAUAAAAAUGAGAACUUGGAAAAGCCUGUAAAAAACAAGGUAAAAAAGAUAAAAAAGAAGCCUGUGGUAGCUAAAAAAGUUAAAAAAGUUAAAAAAGGAAAAUCUGUAAAAUCAAAAGGCUUGAAAAAAAAGAAAAUAAAAUAA